AUGCCAUCCUCCGGAUCUUCACCCGCCGCCGGGGACCUCCCCUUGGGCCCCGUCCGGCGGCACAUUACCACCCAUGAUGCCAACGGCCGCGCCGUAUUCUCGGACGCCUUCCCCGUCGAAGUGACGGCGGAUGCUCUGCCCAAUAUGUUCUUCCACACCUGCUACACGACCUCUGAGUCGCCCGUCAGCAUGGGGGACGACAAGGAUCUGGCCGCCUACGCCCCGCACCACCCGCGCAUGCCGACGCUGCACCUGCCCUCGGGUUCCGUGCUGCGCGUUGUAGACUUUGGCCCGAACACGGAGCCCAUGAUGCACCGCACCGAGUCGUGCGACUACGGCAUCGUGCUCAAGGGCGAGGUCGAGUGCCACCUCGACGAUGGCAAUGUGAGGAAGUUGAGCGAGGGCGAGAUCAUGAUCCAGCGGGGCACGAUGCACGGGUGGAAGAACGCGACGGAUAAGUGGGCGCGGGUUGUGUUCUGCCUGCAACCGGCGGAGCCGGUCAAGGUUGCCGGCCAGGUUAUGGAGGAUGACAUUCCGUUUAUCAAGCUGUCACCGGAAAGGCAGGCGGAUUUUGAGAAGUUCAAGGCCGAGCAGGCGAUGAAGAAGGCGGCGAAGAUGUGA